AUGCCAGGUAAGGUCAUCACCAUGGUGACCUUCGCUGACACCAGGCAGGUCGCCCCAAUGGAGCUGCAUGAGCCUCCUUCCCUGAGUGCCACGUUGUCUCCUGGGCUCAAACGGAAAAAGAUGCUGUGGCAGAAUGCGGUGAAACACAUCAUUACCCAACAAGAGCUUGGAGCUCAGGUGGGUGUGGAACCUACACGUAAAAUCUUUGUGACAGACACCUACAUAGAUGAAAUCAACAGGCAGAUCCGCAGCAAAGCCUCCCGUGGAGUCACAAAACGGCGCUCCUCUACAUUCAGAGUCCAUGGCCGAUCCUCCACCAUCACCCAUCGUAGCAUCAGGUCUUCAACGCAGGACUACACCAGUGAUGCCGACUUUUUUGUGCACUCGUGUAACACUGUUCAUAGCGUUUACAUACCCAUGCUGGGACACACCUUCAAAUCUCACGAUCUGGAAAAGCUCUACCAGCAGUACUCCUCCCACCAGAGGAGAAACUCUCUUGCCAUCACCAAUGUGAUCGAUGCAGUGGCCAAGCUCCACAUGUUGGUCCUGUAUCUUGCUCUUGCUCCAGACGCUGUUACGGACUGUUUGCGUGGCUGUUUGACCGGCAUUUUUAUGUUGGUGGCUAUAGCUAUUUGCAUACUAGUGUUAACCUGCAAAGACUCCAUGUCACCACAGUGGCUCUAUUAUGCUGGCAUUGCAAGCUGGCUGUCGCAGACUGCACAGAUCCUAGGGGGGCUGGCCUAUGGACUAGAAAAAGACCCAUCUUGGUAUAUUUUAUUCACACUGUUUGCAACAUACACCCUGCUGCCAUUACCUCUGCUGUGGGCUAUGUGUGCUGGAUUCCUCACCCCGAUACUGCACAUUUCCAUGGAGAUUUGGCUUUACUACAAUGAUGUUUUGCUUUUAAAUAAGGUGUUUGCCAAAGGCCUGCUGUUUGUAGGUAUGAACACAGCUGGCUUGUUCAUCCACUACCUGACAGACCACGCCCAGCGACAGGUCUUCCUAGAGACACGCCGCUGCAUCGAGGGCCGUCUCAAACUUGAGCAAGAGAACAAAAGACAGGAGCGGCUGGUCCUGUCAAUCCUGCCUCGCUUUGUUACUUUGGAAAUGAUUGCUGACAUGAGCUCCAUGGAGAACGAACUGAACCCCCAAGAGUUUUACAAGAUCUACAUCCACCAGUAUAAAGAUGUCAGCAUCCUUUUUGCAGAUAUAAAAGGUUUCACCCAGCUGUCUAUAAACCUGUCUGCCCAGGAAAUGGUUCGAAUCCUAAAUGAGCUCUUUGGACGCUUCGACCGACUAGCUGAGGAGCACCACUGCUUGCGAAUAAGGAUAUUGGGAGACUGUUACUACUGUGUUUCCGGGGUGCCUGAGCCACAGCUUGCUCACGCACGUUACUGCGUAGAAAUGGGCCUGGCUAUGAUCAGCACAAUAAGACACAUCCGGAAGCAGCUGAACUUUGACUUGGACAUGAGGAUCGGUAUCCACUCUGGCUCGGUCCUCUGCGGCGUGCUGGGUCUGCAGAAAUGGCAGUUUGAUGUCUGGUCCUGGGAUGUGAGCAUCGCCAACAUGCUGGAAGCAGGAGGAAUACCUGGACAUAUCCACAUCUCCAAGGCCACUCUAGAUUGCUUGGGGACGACAUACAAGACAGAGGAGGGUCAUGGGCGUGACAGGAAUGAGUUCCUUCGGAAACACAACAUUGACACCUUUCUCAUCUGCCCUCCAGAGGAAUGGUAUCAGGAAGACCAUCCUGAGCCCAUAAAAGUCCAGAGAAGCAUUCGGACCUGGAACCCAGAGAUUCCCUUUGGCCAUGCAAUAGACAUGAACAGUAUUCUGGCCUCCUUCACUAACGGCUCUCUGCCCGGUUUAUGGCAGUCCAACACCAGAGAGAUUAACAAACGCAUCAAACAUGCCAUCGAGGUUCGAAGCAGUGAGCGCAUGCACAACGAGCACAUCACUGCUCUCACCCUGGUGUUUAAAGAGGCACACAUAGAGGACAAGUUCUCUCAGAUCAGAGAUGAGAUGUUUAACUCCAACAUGGUCUGCUCCUUCAUCGUGCUCCUCUUCCUCAUGGCUGCUCAGGCCAUCAUCCCUAUUCCCAGACUGUUCCCAGCCGUCCUCCAGUUUUCCCUCUUCCUUCUUGCCUACAUGCUGCUGCUGCUGGUCGCCCUCGCUGAGGAGUUCAGGUGGACCCCUGCAGCCCUCCAGCAGUUCGGCUGCUGGAUCCACGAGAACCACAGCGCCCGGAACCUCCUCACUCUCACGGCCAUCAUCAUCAACUUCAGCCUGGCUUCCACGGACAUGGUGUGGUGUGUCCUUGCAGCCACAGGAGAAGCCGACAUAGUGGAGAAGAAGAGCACCGGCUCACGUUCAGUCACCAUCUGUAUUUAUCCUGAGAUCUUUGUGCUGAGCGGUGUGGUGGUGAUGGUAACAUGCGCCGUGUUUCUGCGCCUGAACUCCCUCUUAAAGUUGGCCGUGCUGCUGCUGGUAGUGAUGGUGUACUCUUACUUCAUCCACCUCGCCUUUGUCACACUAGCACGCAGUGACGUGCAGCACAGAUCCCACUAUCUCAGGAGAAAAGGAAUUUCCAUUCUUCUCAUAGCGAUGUUUAUUGUAGCUGUUUUCUACAGUGGGCGACAGUGGGAGGCUACCGCCAGACUGGACUUCUUGUGGCGCUUGCAGGCCCAGCAGGAGGUGGAGGACAUGAGGGAGCUGCGAGAACACAACGAGUGUUUGUUGCACAAUAUCUUGCCCUUGCAUGUCGUGCAGCAUUUUCUGGAGCGCAGCAGACACGAUGAGGACCUUUACUCCCAGUCCUACGAUGAAGUGGGUGUGAUGUUUGCUUCUGUUGCUGGGUUUGAUGAAUACUUUGAGCAGAAGGAGAUCAAACAUGAAGGGGUGGACUGUCUCCGGCUACUGAACGAGAUCCUAGCCGGCUUCGAUGAGCUUUUGGAGGAAUCCUAUUUCCAUUAUUUGGAGAAGAUCAAGACGAUUGGAAGCUGUUAUAUGGCGGCGUCUGGUUUGGCUCCAAAUGAACAGGGAUCAGUGGAUGAGUGGAACCACCUGAGUGAGCUGGUUUUGUUUGCUUUGGCGAUGCAGGAGGUCUUAGGAGAGAUAAACAACCACUCUGCCCAAAACUUUGAGCUGCGCGUCGGAAUUGCCCAUGGGCCGGUGAUCGCAGGAGUGAUCGGAGCCACCAAACCCCAGUAUGAUAUCUGGGGAUCAACGGUGAACCUGGCCAGUCGGAUGGACAGUACUGGCGUGAGCGGACGCAUCCAGGUUCCUGAAGCCACCUGCAGGAUCCUGUCAGAGUGGGGAUUCGUUCUGGAACUUCGAGGAGAAAUAUUCAUAAAGGGGGUGAGUGAGUGUCAGGGGAAGGUGCGUACAUACUUCAUCAGCACCAUGCGAAAUAAAAGGACCAGUGUUGGAGCAGAGAAUUACCUAGAGGGCCGAGCGGGAAGUCGCAUGACUCUUGCAGAAGUGGUGCACGGUCUUGUUCAGGCCAGGCAAAAAGAGAAGUUGAGAGAGGCAAAUGGGAACUUUGAUCGGACUCCUUGAAAACUGCAGAGUGGAGUGCUGCAUGAAGCAAACAAAAAGGCCUCCACACAGAGCUUUCUAUCAAGUUUACAGGAAAGAGCCAAAACUUGCCAAAAACCCUUAUUCUGGUUUCCUCCUGUUCUCCUGACUGGGGAAAAAAUCGUGAUUUCUCAAACUUUGUA